AUUGUUUGAGUUAUACAACAAGUGUUACAUUGUUUGCGAUCAACACUUCAAUUGUAAACAAAUGGAUAAAUGAAUCAAACAUUUCAUACAAAAUAUGAAUCAAUGAAUCAAAUGAUACAUCAAUUUGACAGACAAUGUCUUCGUACACAAAGAUCACCGCAUAUAUACUGUCGUUGUGUUUAUGGUAUCGAUUCAGACAUUAUUUGCAAGACUGGAUCAGCUCGAGUGAUGACAAACGUGAACCACAAUCACUACAAGUGGUGCUCUUCUUUCCCGAUACUCAGAUCAAGUGUCAUGACUUUCAUCAAACAAAUUGUGAUGAAGUAAUAGCAAAACAUCCGAUGUCAUCGUUAUGUCAAUUAUUAUCAUUAUUAAAGUCAUGUCAGCGAUCGCUAUAUAUCUGUAUGUAUUGUCUAUCGUAUGAACCAAUUAUCCAAACAAUUGAAGAGUUAAGUCUUAAUAAAUACAUUGAUAUCCGUAUUAUAUUAAAUGGCAAACGAAAUGUGGUGACCAAUGAAGAGGUUGAUCACUCAACUACUCGAUUAAGACAAUUGUUUAAGAAUGGGAUUCAAUUAAAGACUAUUAUUGUGUCCAAUGAUGGUCUGAUGCAUAACAAAUUUGCUAUUAUUGAUAACAAUAUUCUCAUCAAUGGAUCGCUUAAUUGGACACAAAAUGCUAUAUUUUUUAGCUAUAAUGAUAUGAUCGCCACAACUGAUCCAAAGCUUGUUUUGCAAUAUUGGAGACAAUUUAACCACUUUUGGUCACUUAAUUAA